AUGGAUGUUAACAAUGAAACAAAAUGUGUUUUAUUUGCCUUUGCAGAUGUCUCCCAGCUGGACUUCAAUGUAACGCUCUUCACAGAUUUUCUCAUUGUUGGGGGAAAACUAGGCAUCCAAAAGUUCUACACAGAGCUUGCAGUCAUUCUUUUGGUGCUCUAUCUCAUAGUCCUUGGAGGAAACCUGGUGAUUUUAACUGUGGUGAUACUGGACUCCAGACUACACAUACCCAUGUAUAUUUUCCUCAGCAAUCUGGCUUUCAUCGACAUAGUGAUCACCACCACCGUUCUCCCCAAAAUGAUAUCGGUGUGCUUGUGGAACAACAUCACCAUUUCUUUCUCAGGAUGUUUUUUACAGAUGUACAUCUAUUUAUCCUUCCAAAGUGCCGAGGGUUUUCUCCUAAGCGUUAUGGCUUAUGACCGUUAUGUUGCUGUUUGCAAUCCUCUGCGGUACAACAGCAUUAUCACUAAUGGAGUCUGUGCUCUGCUGGCAACAAUCGCCUGGGUACUGGCGUUUAUUUUACCAGCCUUAAGUGUCAUUCUUGCGACACAACUGCCUUUCUGUAAUAACGAAAUAAUGUAUUGGUUCUGUGAUUACCCUCCAGUAGUCACACUGUCUUGUUUUGACACAACAUAUCUGAUAGACUUGGCUCUUGCAUGCGCUUUGGUGAUUAUGUAUUUUCCUUUCACUUUCAUUGUUUGGACGUAUAGUAAAAUCAUUGCAUCGGUCUGCAAGAUCUCAUCUUCAGAGGGGCGUUGGAAGGCCUUCUCUUCCUGCACCUCACAUCUCACUAUUGUUCUCGCCUUUUAUUUUGCUCAUUCUUGUGUCUACAUCAGCGCAAAAGCUAAGAAUAUUCAUCCAAAUGUUCUCAUUUUGAUCUCCAUCGUCAACUCUUUCUUGACUCCUCUUAUGAACCCCGUCUUAUAUACGUUAAGAAACAAGGAGAUAAAGGUUGCUUUACGAAAACUCAUCCACGUCAAUAAAGGUUUCCCUUAA